UUCAAAAUGAAUAAUGAAACAAUCCCACAUAAUUGAACAAAAUCGUUUGUCAUAACACAUAUAACUUACCUGAUUUUCUGACAUGGAUUCUUCAUUCUUUCAUUACCCAAAUCUCCAUUUCUCACCUGAAUCAUCAUCUUCUUCUUAUGUUUCUCAAGCCCUUCCUUUCAACGAAAACGAUUCCCAAGAAAUGCUUCUUUUGGGAGUUUUAAAUCAAGCUCCAGCACCUGCAGAGAACUCCAUUGAUACCGCAUCUGUCAAUUGGACUUCUCGAGACGAACAUGAAGUGAACUCGAAAGAGGUUUCUUACAGAGGAGUUAGGAAGAGGCCGUGGGGAAAGUAUGCAGCUGAGAUAAGGGAUUCAACGAGGAAUGGUGAGAGGGUUUGGCUUGGAACCUUUGAUACUGCUGAGGCUGCUGCUUUAGCCUAUGAUCAAGCUGCAUUGGCAAUGCGAGGUUCAAUGGCGAUACUUAAUUUCCCAAUGGAUGAAGUUUAUAAGUCACUUCUAGAAAUGAACUAUGGGUUUGAAGAAGGUUGUUCACCUGUUUUGACGAUGAAGAAAAGGUACUCCAUGAAGGGCAAACGAUCAGGGAAGAAGAAGAUCAUUAAGAAAGAGAAGGAAAGUAUGGAGGUGGAAAAUAUCAUUGUGUUAGAGGAUUUGGGAGCUGAUUAUUUGGAGGAACUUUUGAGUAUAUCUGAGAGUGCAACUCGUUGGUGA